AUGCUGGUAGUUAACUUAAAGGCUGACUGGGGUAUGUACAAUGGGGCUGUAAGCACAGUUGUGGACAUUGUGUACAAAGAUGGCGGCAGACCUACUGAUGAUCCUGCUCCAGUACCCGAUGUUGUUCUGGUGAGGUUUCCAGGGUCUAGGGGACCACUGUACAUUAAUGAAGAUCCUACAGUUGUGCCAAUUGUACCGGUAAGUCGUUCCACUGAUUGCACAUGCCGAUGCAAGCGUCUGCAGGUUCCAUUGCGACUGGCAUGAGGAACAACAAUCCACAAAUGCCAAAGGAUGACUGUGGGCAGUGGAGAAGCAUUCAGGUAUGUAGUGGUUCACCCUGGGGACCAUGGCUUUGAAGCCAGAAACCCAGGAGCUCUAUUUGUGGCAUUGUCAAGAGCAAAAGCAGCAGGUGGGGAAGGAAGAGAUCCUGAUUUUGCUUUUCAUGAAGAUGUAUUGAUAAACAAUGACAGAUUCAGACUUGUGGACACUCCAACUACAAGAGCUAGAGCAGUGGAGAUUGAGAGACUGCAUGUCUUAGCAACUCAGUGUCAGCAGAGAAGGGUUUUAGCACCAGCAUAUAGGGAGGAAACCUCUCUCAGACUCGUAGAGUGGGCUCAGUCUCAAGAUCAUCGUUGA